GCCCUCGUCCGUUUUCUGCCUCUUUUGACGCCAAAUCGCAUGUUUCGUGCCCCCCCGUCCGCCGAUUUGGGUCCAAGUUGACAGGUGGGAGCGCGCGCGCGCCGUAAGGAUACAUCACAAAUGUACCUGUGGCAUUCGUACAAAUCGUCCUACAGUGAUACAAGGCAGAAGGAGGAAGUGGAGGAGGGGAGAAUCGAAAAAAAGGGUCCCCCCCUGGUGCCUGGUGCCACGCCUACCGCGCAGUUCGUCCCUUCACCACACGACUUCCAGACCAAAUAUAAUGCAGCCCGUCUGCUCCCCCUCAUAGCUUGUCCUCUAUCAUCUUGUUUCCCAUUCUCCUUUUCAAGGAUUCUAAUAAUAACCGACCAAGCCUAUUACCACAAGUCCUGCUCUCUCUGCCACCAGAGCCGCGUGUCAUCAACUCCACAACCAACUUCACCUCAGGCCUCACUCAACCUCUUAUACAAAGCACGCGAGCACCUCUCUACAACACCAGAGAGCUUCUCCGUCUUCUCACAACCUGCAACCUGCAACCUACAACCUACAAGUCUUCUCACACGACGACCACACGCACACUACAAAAUGUCGCCCACAUACACCAUGUCCGCACACUUGUGCAAGUCCAUCUACGCCUCGUGGCGCGAAACCCGCCGUUCGCCUUCCGAUCUGCCCUCCCCCGGCGUCCAGGCCCCCAGCAUGACCUCCUACUUCCCUCGCAGCCCUUCUCCUGAGAAGCGCUCCAUGGACAGCGACCGCAGCGAGACCUCCGUGCCCAUGUCACGAUCGCCCUCGGCCUCGUCGUGGCGUGGUCCCAAAUAGACGGCACCUCUAUGCAUCUCCAACACCCCGAGCCUGAAGCUUUGAGCUUCAGCUUGGGGUGCUCAUAGAGCUCUCCACAACCAUUCUUACCCAGUUGGACCAAGCAACAUCAUUGGAAUUUUUUUUGGCGCCGCAGGACUACCUGCAUGUACGCAUUCACGAUAUUCACGGAAACCGGGAAGGCGUCAAGGACAUUGGAAUUAAAAACAGUAACUUUCAAAUCUUUCGAUUUUCGAAGCUAGACUUGCAGCACGCGAG